CAUUGUUCACAACUUGGUCACGUCUCCCAUAGUCAAAUCUUGAGGAAGGAAGACAGUCGUUCCUUCUUUUCAAAGCUCAUUCUCCUGACCGGCAACAAAUCGUAGAAUAACAUGGCACAACGAGAAGAUGAAAAUGUGGCUCAAAAGCAAGGAAUCCAGCAGAGUAAUAAGUCUCAAGGAACGUGCCCCAGCGCUCCGAAUCAGCCUCCCCGUCCCGGUAGUCCUAAAAGUUACGACAUACUUCUAGCCUCAGACGUCACUGGAGUGAUGUCCGACUCGGCAAAGAUAACAAGGCAUAAACGCCAGCUUACCCCAGACUCCGAGCCCUCCGACAAACAGGCUAAACGUUCACGAACCGAUACGACUGGUUUUCGCAAGCAUGAGCGGUUUUGGCUCGCAGAUGGAAAUGCUGUCAUCGAACUUGAUGGUAUAUCCUUCAGGGUGCAUCAAUCUUGGAUUGCAAAGCAUUCAAAACGGAUUGCAGCCAUGCUUCCCGAUAAAGGCAAACAAUGUGGUAGACUUCAUGAGAUUACACUCGAUUUUCAGGGCCCGCUCAAAGCAAUAGAUCUCGAGGCACUGCUUUUGUUUUAUGAAAACCCCGGGGACUACCGCGAUUACAUCGAGACCCCUACACUAAUGUCCCUCAUUCGUGCAACAACAAUGCUUGGCUUUGACUCCGAUCGCGUGUGGCUCGUGAAGGAGUUGGAAGCGCUCUGGCCAUCUGCCCUUGGAGAGCUAUUUGUCAACCCAGAACCGCGCCUCGAUGCUCCGGAGGUGGCUGUCCUUGCACGGGUGUGCGAAAUUGACACCCUAUUGAAGCCUGCGUUCUACGAUAUGGCAAUAACACCUGGCUUCGGUCUGGGCAAUCUAGAGGAAUCAGAGCAGAUCGGCCGUGCGGAUGUACUGCGUCUUGUCCAGAUGAGAGAGUAUCUGAGUGACAUGUGGUUUCAGGUAGCUGCACACGAGGAUCCUGCCUUUGUUUGCCCCAAACUUUGGGAUGCACCAUCCAGCAAUGGCGAAGAAUCCUCAAAGCUAUCUGAAAAUGCAGACGAGAAGCCUGUACUGUGCUCUACUACCCCUUCUAGUAUGGGCAACUGCCGUUCUGCGACGGCGAGACGCGAGGCGUGGGUCUGGCUUGUGCAUUACUCAGAGAUUUUCGCCCGGUAUCGGUACGACCCACUGCGCGGACUAACGGCGUUGAUAAACAUCAAGUGGACGACCGACUGGUGCAAGGAUUGUAGGGAGAAAAGGAAGGCUGAUUGGCGUAAAAUGCAGAGGAGUAUCUGGGAGAAGGUUGGCGAGUAUUUGAGGGAAAAUUGACGAGUGGGCCUUGCAGUAAGUUAGUUACCUUGCUCCGAGUGUCUUGCUCCCCCGAUGAUUCAAAAUUUCUCAGAUAAGAAGCAUUCGUCUUGCUAGAGUUGCGCUCGAGUUCACUGACUCUGUGCUGGAACACAACGUCAGAAUAGAAAGGGAUGAUCAGCACUCAAUUUUGUAAAGGCGUGCCAGGAUUGUUUGUUGUACAGGUCAAAUAUACUAUACAGUUUCAUUAAUCUCCACGAAAUGUUCAUAUAACCUUUCGUCCCCAACCAUUUCAAACUUCUUGGUACAUGGCUUUCUUUGUGAUGCUCUCUCAGUACCCCAUCGCAUCACACUAGCUAUGGUA